AAGUUAAAUGUUGUUCAUUAGAAAUAUGUGUUCUAUUUGCUGAUCUUCUUGGUCUUGUGCAUGGACCUACUGCAUGUACAGAUGUAAAUAUUAAUGUGGAGACACUUCUUAAGGAGUUCAGCCUGCCUUUUACAAGGGGCAGGCUGUAGACUUCAACCCAGUCAUCUUCCACCCCUAAAAUACAUCACCUAUGUUCAGGUGCAUCACCUCUCACUUUUGCAUCAUCCUCCAAGAAAACCCUCUUGGUGCUACAUUCAUGGACCAUCAAGGCUUUUGUUAUUCAGCAGAACACUGAAAAGAGACACAAAGUCUACAAUUGACAUUCCUGUAAACCCUGUCACAGUGACUGACAUUAAGCAGUAUUUACGAUCUAAAGGUAUUCUCUUUCACGAUGGCUAUAGCUGCCUACAUGCUUCCAGUAUAUUUGAGGGACCAAAACCACUUGUCUCUGAAGAACGUGGAAAAGAAACCUACUCAAUGUUUAUUGACAAAAUGACUGGACAGUUCCUCUGUAAAGAGACUUUGGUGGAGGGGAGCUGGGAAGACCUACAGGACUGUCUGGAGGUGAUGCAGAAAGAAGGACAGACCUUAAUUAGCCCUGAUGUACUCCUGAGCUACUCGGAGAGCCUGGAGGAGCAGGAGGAGAGACAGACUGAACUAAAGGAGGUGCAGAGGAUUUGGAACAGCUCAGUGGCUUUUUCGGAUCUUCUUGAGGAGGAGGUGCAACUCAUCAAAACUAUGUUCCAGAUUAAUAAGCUUACCAAUUCGACUUUAAAGAAGUUUGGAGUGAGAUUUUUUAAACCCACUAAAAGCCUCGUAUUUCCCUGGUUUGGAGGGCGAGAUGCAAGCCUACGUGGUGUAAAACUGCUUUCUGCGGCUACUAAAAAUGACCAGGUGGUUUAUACAGAAGCUAGUUUUCCAAAGUUGUCUAAGUACUGCAAUCUCUUUGGACUACAUUUAGUGGGACGCAAGGAUACAGAGGUGGUACUCGCAGGAAGUGAAACUGAUUGCAUGGCUGUUAGUCAGGCCACUGGUUUGCCUGCAUUGGCACUGCCACGAGGAGUCAGCUGCCUACCACCGGUCCUGCUUCCUUACCUUGAACAGUUUAAAAAGGUCACACUGUGGCUGGGUGGGGAUAUGCGGUCUUGGGAGGCUUCAAAAAUCUUUUCCAGAAAACUGGGAUUGAAGCGGUGUUCUUUGGUGCGGCCAGGAGAAUUACAGCCGUGUGCUAACGAGGCGCUAGUCCAUGGUAGAAACCUUACACGUAUCGUUAAAGCAUCUAUUCCUGCGGCACACAAAUCUAUAGUGUCAUUUAAGCAGCUCAGGGAAGAUGUAUAUGGAGAGUUGGCCAACAUGGAGCAGGUAGCUGGAAUUAAGUGGACUCGUUUUCCUGAGCUCAACCGAAUUUUAAAAGGCCAUCGGACGGGAGAGCUCACUGUUUUCACAGGUCCUACUGGUAGUGGGAAGACCACUUUUAUCAGUGAGUAUGCCCUCGAUUUAUGUAUGCAGGGAGUAAACACACUUUGGGGCAGCUUUGAGAUCAAGAAUGUACGCUUAGCCAAAAUCAUGCUGACCCAGUUUGCAAUGCACAGACUGGAAGACAACCUGGACCAGUAUGAUUACUGGGCUGAUAAGUUUGAGGAUCUUCCACUCUACUUCAUGACCUUCCAUGGACAACAAAAUGUUAAGACAGUGCUUGACACCAUGCAUCAUGCUGUUUAUCUGUAUGACAUCAGUCACGUGAUUAUUGACAACCUGCAGUUUAUGAUGGGACAGGAGAACCUCUCCGUUGACAAGUUUGCUAUGCAAGACAACAUUAUUGGAGCUUUUAGGAAAUUUGCUACAAACAGCAGCUGCCAUGUGACCAUGAUUAUUCAUCCAAGAAAAGAGGAAGAUGACAAAGAAUUACAGACAGCAUCUAUUUUUGGCACAGCUAAGGCAAGUCAGGAAGCUGACAAUGUGCUCAUCCUUCAGGAAAAGAAGCUUGUGACGGUUCCUGGCCGCAGAUCUUUGCAGGUAGCCAAGAACCGUUUUGAUGGAGAUGUGGGAAUUUUCCCUCUGGAGUUCAACAAGUCAUCACUUACUUUCUCUGCACCAGUUAAAAACAAGCAAAAACUGCGGAAGGUCAAGGGGGACAGGACUGAGAGCGAGCAUAUAGAGGAGACUCAAGUCAAUGAAAGAAAUCAGAAAGUCUCAAAAUCUGCCAAAGAGCCUAAAGUCCCCAAAACAGUAAAAGAGCCACCAGCUAAAAAAGAAUAAAAUGACUGAUGAAGAAAAGAAGCAAUAGCAAAGAGUUCAGUGCUUACAUUUACAGCAUUUAGCAGACACUUUUAUCCAAAGUGACUUACAGUACUGUGACAGUAUACAAGCUAAGCAAUUUAAGGUUAAGAGCCUGGCAGUGGUGGGGCUUGAACCAGCAACCUUUUGAUUACAGGUCCAGUACCUUAGCCGGUAGGCUACAACUGCUUCCAACAAGUGCUGCAAUACGGCUCUAACAUUUGAGGUUCCUAUACAUAUUUUGUCUCAUUUUUAAGUCAGUAUGUCUGUUUGUUAUUGGACUAGCAAGUAAAUUUUGACGGUACUAGAUGAAUUUAUAGUUACAUGAGAAUGUAACCGUAAUUUAUCUGCCUACAGUACUGUAGAUUAACUGUGCAUCUGUUACUUUUUACAAGAAAUGGUUCCUACAUGUGUAUUUAAAAUGAUUUUUGUUUUGUACUUUUUGUAUAAAUGAUCAAGCAUAUUUGCUUGUCAAACAGUAUGGAAUCCUGAUCAGUGUUGAUGUUCAAAGUAAAAGUUCAGGAAGUACUCACUUUAAUUAUAAUCCAUCUAAUUGUUGGCAAAAAUGUAUUGUUCUAAAGAUAUUCUUUAUAUUUUUUACUAAUAAAUAAU